AUGAUGUUUCCAAUCCUUCUAGGUCUUCUCCCUCUAGCUUCUGCAGCGACCACAUUGAUCCCCUCCACGUGCUUCGAUUCAUACUCUUCUCUCGAAGAAUACUUUGCCUACCUCUACCCCUGGGGCUCAGAUCAUAAUGGAUCCGCUCGUAUGGUCGGCAAUUCGACCGAUCACGAGUAUAUUUCCGUCGACUCAGGCACACUGACUCUGGUUGCCAAACCAGUUAGCGGCCAGCCCGCUACCAGCGGAGGUAUAGAGAUCAACUAUCUAUCUGGUGCGGUACACUCAGCAACGACGUUCACAGUAGAAGCCGGAUCAGGCUUCGACAUCCAGGCUGAGUUCCAGGCGCCGACUGCCAAAGGCACCUGGCCUGCAUUCUGGCUCAAUGGAGCGAAUACGUGGCCACCUGAGAUUGAUCUUGCUGAGUGGAAGGGUAUUAUACCCCGAGACGCGAACUGCUCGUACUCUGUAUGGCUGACAGCGGCAGGAACCGGGGAUAUCAGUUUCAAUACCUUCAAUACCUCGUCUGAAGUACAAGCUUUGGAUGUCGAGUACCCCUCUCCUGACGACUUUCACACGAUCAAGUCGGAAAUCCGCGAUAUUGAUGGCACCAACAUCUCCGUCAAGUUCUACCUUGACGGCACGCUGAUCACGACCCAGUAUGGGAGUGAAUAUAUUGGGAAGCCCUUGCAUUUGAUCAUCAAUCUAUAA